AUGGACUUCUCUAACCUACCUGCCUUCUCCAUGGCUGCGAGCAACCCAUUGUACUCUCCCAACAGCGAUGCUUUUCCAUCACCGGAUGAAAUCGACGCAUACCUUACUGAGUCGUAUCCCGCGCUUUCGGACUAUGGUUUCAAUAGCUACAACGAUAGGAGUAGCUCAUGCUUCGACCGAUCCAUCACACCAGGAGACUCAGAUCUCAAUUGGAGCGCACCGGUACCCAGCAGCUAUAUCAACAACCCAUCGCUCGUCACUACAACCAAUGCAGUCUCGAACCCCCCUCAGAACGCAUGGUCAAAUUAUAACCCCUCGCCGCUGAGCUGUCCAGCCGACUUUCAACACACCUAUCCCGAAUCCGGAUUUCCCGGCGGCUUUGCCUCAAACCCCUCUCCCUUGCCAACUCCCCCUAGCCACGGCAGCCCAACUUCCCCCUCACCAAUCGCGACGCACCACCCCUCUCCAGAAGAUACCAGCCUUAAGCCGCCUCCACCACGCAAGCGGGGCCGUCCUCGUUUGCACCGCCCCGCCUCAGAACCCUCUGCUACUACCGCCGCCGUCAACAAAAUCACCCGUACGCAAUGCAUGCCCCACACCGAAGUCGAACGCAAAUACCGCGAGAAGCUCAAUGCAGAGCUAGAGCGGUUACGUCGGGCGGUGCCCAUGUUGCCACAGUGCGAUAACGGAGAUACAGGUGCCGUGAAACCUAGUAAGAGUAUGGUGCUCGCGGUUGCUAUUGACUAUAUCAAAGAGCUGGAGAGACAACGAGACGCGGCGGUUGAAGAGGUGGAGAGAUUGGGAGGUAAAAUGAGAUUUGGGAGGACAGCAACCAAAAAAAGGGGGGAUGGAGACGCUUGA